AGCGGGGGUUAGGGGUGGCAAAGGAGGUGUGGGGUAGCAAAAGGGGUCCAAUCGGGGGCCACAUGUGUUGGAUUGAGGUGUUUGCAGAAGUACCGCUGGGAUUCAAGAGGAAGGCUCCGCGAGCUAUCAAAGAGAUCCGCAAAUUCGCCGAAAAACAAAUGGGAACUCAAGACGUGAGGAUCGAUACGCGACUCAACAAAUUCCUGUGGAGUAAAGGCAUCCGAAACGUGCCCUUUCGGGUCCGCGUAAGGCUCGCCCGCAGACGCAAUGAGGACGAGGACUCGCCCAACAAGUUGUACACAUUAGUGACACACGUCGUCGUCCCCACAUUCAAAGGCCUGCAGACCGAGAAUAGUCUUCCGGCGACUAUUCAUGUCAUUAUAGAACCCAUUAAUGAUGAGACACCACAUGUGGUCAAUAAUACGGGAUUAGAGCUCUGGGAGGGCACGACUGCUGUCAUCACUAACUCCCAGUUGGCUUCAGUCGAUGACGACUCCGUCACCGAAGAUAUUGUUUAUCAAAUCUCAACCCCAAGUAAUGGUUACGUAACCACUAUUGACAACAAGAAGAAUCCAAUCGAGAGAUUCACUCAAACACAGAUCGAUUCCGCACUUAUAGUGUAUGUCCACAGCGGAGAACUGGCCGGAGGUUUCAGGUUUCAAGUGACCGACGGAACCAAUUUUGAUUCCCCGCAUGUUUUUACAGUUACAGCAAAAUCGGUUACGAUUUCGGUUGUGGUCAACAAAAAGCUUUAUGUUUUUCCACGAAUGCAACAGUCGGUGACCAGAGAUCACCUCUUGGUUGAGACCAAUGAUGCGGACAAUAGCCGACAAUUCACAUAUCAUAUCGCAAAAGAAGCAAAAUAUGGCCGAUUCUUGUUAGAGAAUUCUGACGGCUCUACAAAACCGGUGCUCUCUUUCACUCAAACACAAAUNGUGACCAGAGAUCACCUCUUGGUUGAGACCAAUGAUGCGGACAAUAGCCGACAAUUCACAUAUCAUAUCGCAAAAGAAGCAAAAUAUGGCCGAUUCUUGUUAGAGAAUUCUGACGGCUCUACAAAACCGGUGCUAUCUUUCACUCAAACACAAAUCAAUAAUAAUUUUAUUCUUUACGAACAAAACAAACCAAUAAAUGAUAUCUUAGUCGAAGACGAGAUCAUAUUUGACAUCGAAUCGCAUUUCGUUCAAACACUUAAAGGCAUUAAAUUUGUUGUGGAGAUAGCGGUUGGAAAUUCGGGCGAAGAGAUGACCACAGAAGUGCUGACACUCAUUGAUGUGAUGCCUUUAUCAGUAAUUGAGGGCCAGUUUGUAGUUAUAACCGAAAAGAAUCUCAAUAUCUCUAAACUCGUUAAGAAUUGGCAAAAGAAAGAGUUGAACACAAAAUUGAUUGAAAAGUUUUAUAUGAAGACAACACGAAAACCCUUUCACGGAGUGGUUCUCUAUGAGGGACACGAUAUGAGCACAAGAAUCAAAAGUAUUCCGUUGAGUGCCUUAACACAGAAUUCAUUGAUUUACAAACACGACAGCAGUAAUACAUUCAACGAUUCGUUUGUAUUUACUAUUUAUAUUCGCAACGGAAUCGAAAUUCUCUUAACUAACCAUACAAUUGAUGUCAAUAUAAUUCCGGUUAACGAUGAAGUGCCGGUUCUAUUGACUCUCAACCCACGCAUUGAUGUGGUCUUUGGCUCCAAGACUUUGAUCUCUAAUUCUAUACUUAAAGCUAUCGAUGAGGACGGGAUGCCUAAUCAUGUCAUCUAUGAGUUCAACACAAACCAUACUAUGAGAACCACUUCGGGAUACUUUAUGGUGGAGCCAAACGAUGAACCCAUCAAUUCAUUCACUCAGUUUCAAAUCGAUUCAAAUAAAGUGUUUUUCAAACAAAACGGAUCUCAAAGUCAACAACAAAUCCAAUUCCUAAUUAAAGACGAAAAGUCUAUUUGUCGUGAUAUGAAUGAGUCGACGACAGAUACUACUCACUGCACGUCUGUCUAUACGAUGACAAUAGUUGUCCAACAAUUAACUCUGACAUUAUUUAAUCACUCGACAAUUCAUUUACCCCAGGGUUCCAUCAAAACAAAAAUACGACCAAAACAUUUGGCAACAAUUAGUAACAAUAUUAAGACCGAAAACAUUGUCUAUUACAUCAAAGAAGGACCCAUUGAUGGCUAUCUUAUAGUUAACGAUAAAACUAAUAAUGAAAAAUUCACACAAAAAGAUAUUAAUUCAUUACACGUGUCAUACAUUCAAAUUAAUAAAUCUUCGACCGAUUAUUUUAUUGUCGAUAUAAUCCGCGAAAAUGACAGACAAACGUAUAAAUCGAUUAAGAAUAUUACGGUUUGGAUUUCCGUUAAACCUCUGGUCAAAGCAAAUAAACCAUUUUUAGUGGCAAAUCCGGGACAGAUGUCAUACUUGACGACCGAUCACUUGGAUGCCAGUGUGCCAAACAUUGAAUUCACAAAUGAAGACAUAGUGAACGGUCGGAUCGCAUACAUCGCUAACAACGACUUGAAUCUGAAUUAUCCCAACGAAAUCAUAACAGAUACGGCUUCUGGCGUUUUGGUCAUCAAUAUUAUCAGAACUAAAGGAAUCCACAAAUCAAUUGACCAAAACUUAAGAUCCAAUUUAAUGGUUAUACUGACGAUUGCCUUAAUUGUGAUAAUAAGAGUUUGUCACUCGAGUGGCACUCAAUUGAAUUCGCAUAAAGACAACAAAUCGGGUCCAAUCGGUGCAACACUUAAUACAAGUCCAGCCAUUUUAGAGACUCCGCCGGUCAGUGAUUACGGCGGAGAGAUGUUAAUCAUGUCUAAUAGACUGUCGCCCAGAAGUACACCCUCUGUGUCCGAAAUGGAAACGGGACUCAUUCCGAUGGCUCCGCCCACUUCACCCUCUUAUACACCCACUUAUAGCACCAAUUGUAGUGCUCUCGAGACCCGGAGCCGCACAUCCACUCCGCGUUCAUUACUUCGACUACCAAUGGCUGACAGACUCCGCGGCUGUGCGGCCGCAGCCCAUGACCUGAUGCCAGACUCCAGCUUCUCAAGCAUAUUACCACUCCCUCCGCCUUCCCUAUACUUCACCAACGAAUCAAAUAUGUUAACUGAUAAUUGGGAUCAGAAUUCAGUGCCAUUGUGUAAAGUUCCUCCAUUAGUACAGCCGUACAUCGAAGACCAUUACUGCGGUUCUUAUCACCACUCGGUGUGUCCAUUAAGGCGGCCCUCAAUGGAUAUGUCGCCAACCCGUAUGUUAGGUGACGGCACAUCUCUGGUCGGUUCGCCCGUUCCCUCCCUUCGUAACGCAGUCUGGAGUUCACAAGAAUUCAAACCAGAAUUUCACUCAUCCAACGAUUGUGACGAUAAUUCAUCAAAAUAUAAGGAUUUUAUGGACUAUAGCUGCAAAUCUCCGAACUCUGAUAUCUAUAUAACCGAUAAUUUUACGACCGAUUGUUUAUCACUUGAACACAAUUUAGGCCAAACAGAGCCUAAACCUAAGCAACAGUAUUGGGUC